CGCUAUUGGCGGAGGAAACGUCUUGUCUUGCCCGCUCUUCUACUCUUCGCGUGCAUCAUUUGGUUGGAGACGGGCGAGAGAUGGUCGCCACAUGUACCUGCAGGUGAUGGAUAGCUCGACCGACUAGCCCCAAACUCUCUCCGCGCCAUGUCGACCUCCCUUCGACUCAACGCCUCCCUUUCCGCCGCACCAGACGCGAACGUGAGCGCCACCACUGCUCUGAGUAUGCUGGGCGGACUCCUGCUCGGGCUGCUCACCAUCGUGCCGAGUGUGCUCUACUGGCUGAUCGGGUUCCUGACCCUCACUCUUCCGACAUGGCUGUUUACUUUCUUUUCCACCAGCUUGACUCUAACUCUGAACAUGACCACGAUCCUCUUGGUGGUCCUGGUCUUUGUGUCCACCAUCAGCUGGUUCGUCCGGUAUCGUUUCCUCAACAUCUACUCGAGGCUGCCGCCAGAGCCACAGAGGAAGGAGCCUCAAGUAGAGAUCUUCCCCGACACUCGUGAAUCCGACACCAAGCCGGGACUGUCCAACUACUUCGAUGAGUUUCUCAGCGCCAUCAAAGUCUUUGGCUAUUUGGAACGGCCCGUCUUCCAUGAGCUCACGCGAACGAUGCAGACGCGGAAGCUGAUUGCCGGCGAAACAAUACUACUGGAGGAGGAGAAAGGCUUCUGCUUAGUAGUGGAUGGUCUCGUUCAAAUCUUCGUCAAGUCCGGCCGGGAAGUCGACCACGACUCGAGCAAUGAGAACAGCUUCAACGAGGACGACCAUCAUGAUGAGCGGGACCACGGGAAUCGAAGCUAUCAACUGUUGACCGAAGUGAAGAAUGGUGCACCCAUGUCUUCCUUGUUCUCCAUCUUAUCCCUCUUCACAGAUGAUGUCCAAAUGAGAGCUGGAGAGGAAGACGAUCCGCAACACCGGCAUUCGACUAGCAGCUCCAAAAACGACGUACCUCAGCGUGGUGAUGCAACUCCUAAUUCCAUCGGGGAAGGAUCGUUUCCGUGGAACGCUGGCUCUCGUCCCGCCUCAAGCCAUCGCAAUUUGGCGUCACUCCAUGAUCCGCCGGGAAACCUGAAGGAGCCACCACCUUUGCAUUUGGAUGGCGGUCAAGAGGACACUACUCAGCCACCGAGCCGAAGGGAGAGCGUGUCACUACCGACCGCAAAGACUAAGAAGGCAUUUUCCGUACACCCAGACAUCGUGGCCAGAGCGACUGUCGACACUACCAUAGCUGUGAUACCUGCCAGCGCUUUCCACCGGAUUACGAAAAUCUAUCCCAAGGCAACCGCACACAUCGUGCAAGUCAUUCUGACCCGCCUGCAACGCGUGACGCUAUCCACCGGCCAUGCAUACCUUGGCCUCACUAGUGAAGUCUUACGAACUGAGCGGUUGAUGGACCGCUACACCACCUUUGACCUGCCAGACUUUCUUCGGGGCCAGGCAUUACAGGCAUUGAAGGACAAAUUUCGCAAGGACCAAGAACGCAUCGGUCCAGAAGAGAGCAUGAAGGGCAUUGCUCUACAUAAUCCACGAGUGGCUGAUCGUCGGCGUCGUGCUAGUAGCAGCCUCCGGCGAGAUGCUGCGGUUCACGCGAAAAUGGUGGCGAGCAAGACCACUGGCGAACCCGAGGGCGAGAACCAUGCUAUCAGCCCGGGGGACCUACUUACUAACAGCUUUCACGAAGCACGGCAUCCAGGUAGGAAAACGCAGCCCGGUAGCUUCUCCCAGCCAUAUUCGACCCCGCAUGCUGGGCAAGGCGUGAUGAACGGACAGCCGGGACACCAAAGUGGCGAUUCUUUCAAUCUGUCGGCAAGUCCAAGAGUGCAAAUGCACCGCCAGGAAUCCAUGGACCAGGACAUGCUGUUCCGUGAAUGCAUCAUGGAAUGCAUUGCCAAGGCCAUCGGCUUGACGAACUCGCCAGCCUCGAAGCGGCCGACAUCUGCUGCACCAUCUCCGUGGUUGGUGUCUUUCGACUCGAAGCGACAGACUGCCGUCUUCAACAACGCCUUUGGUUUUAUCGAUCCGUAUGAAGGCACGGACGACUCUUCAUCCGCGGCUUCAAUAUCGGCUUCGAGCCUUGGAGGUACCUCCAAUCUGAUCGAGGACCUCAAGAAUGAUCUGGAGAUUGUGUUCUUUCCACAGGGCUCGAUAUUGGUCGAAGAAGGCGAGCGCAACCCUGGCCUCUACUACGUUCUUGACGGCUUUCUUGAUGUUAGCUCAUCUGUCGAUGACCAUGAUCAACACCAUAAUGUCCUAGGGACGAUGCCCUUGGAUGCAAGCAGUGCAGCUGAUGCACCGUAUCCCCAAAACCAGCGGCGAGGAUCCGCCGCGCGGAAAAGCGGAUCACGAGGCGGAAGAGAACAGUCGCGACGGAGAAAGCAAUCCAACAAAAGCUUGUUUCUUAUCAAACCCGGUGGGCUGGCCGGUUACUUGGGCACCGUGUCGUCGUAUCGAUCUUUCAUCGACGUGACCGCCAAGACCGAUGUCUACGUUGGCUUCCUCCCUCGAGUAGCCAUUGAAAAGAUCGUGGAGCGCUACCCGAUUGUCUUGUUGACAAUGGCAAAGCGGCUGACCAGUCUGCUCCCGCGCCUCAUCCUUCACAUUGACUUUGCUUUGGAAUGGGUGCAAGUCAACUCUGGCCAGGUGCUGUAUCAUCAGAAGGAAGAGAGCGAUGCGAUUUACAUUGUGCUCAACGGACGCCUGCGAUCCAUACAGGAGAAUUCCGACGGAAAGAUGAAAGUCAUCGGGGAGUACGGUCAGGGUGACAGUGUUGGCGAGCUUGAGGUGCUUACCGAGACUACGCGACCUGGUACGCUGGUCGCUAUUCGAGAUACGGAGCUGGCCAAAUUCCCCAAAACUCUCUUCAACAGUCUGGCGCAGGAGCAUCCCGGAAUCACAAUCAAGGUGUCGAAGAUUAUCGCGUCUCGGAUGCGAGCACUGAUCGAGAAUCCAAUGAACGAAUCCUUCAUGGAGAGCAAGCUGGCCGUGUCGAGAUCUCAAGCAACUUCCAACUUCAACCUACGGACCAUCGCAAUCAUCCCGACUACAGCCGGUGUACCUGUCAUUGAGUUCAGCAACAAGCUGCACGCUGCCCUCACGCAAAUUGGCACCAUUGACGGCAUUACGACCCUCAAUCAAUCUUCCAUCCUCAACCACCUCGGCCGGCACGCAUUCAGUCGCAUGGGCAAACUCAAGCUAUCGCAAUACCUCGCAGAUUUAGAGGAGAAGUACGGUCUGGUGUUGUAUGUCGCCGAUACCAGUGUCGGGUCUCCCUGGACCGAAACAUGCAUCAGUCAGGCCGACUGCAUACUACUCGUUGGACUUGCCGAAGGCUCACCCAGCAUUGGCGAGUAUGAGCGCUUCAUGUUGACGACAAAGACCACGGCGAGAAAGGAGCUAGUCUUGCUGCACUCGGAGAGAUACUGUCCUUCCGGUUUGACACGUUCGUGGCUCCGCAACCGGCCGUGGGUCAAUGGCGGCCAUCACCAUGUGCAGAUGUUCUCUCGAACGGCACCUGAGCAGCCGGUGCACGGAUUGCCCAAGCGUUUCCAGAAUGCCCUCAAGCAGCGUGUGCAAGUGCUGCAGGCUGAAAUCCACAAGUAUACGUCCAGGCGUGUUCGGCAGACUCCUUUGUAUUCAGCCGAGACGCCUUUCAAGGGCGAUUUCCAUCGUCUUGCAAGGAGGCUAUGUGGGAAGUCGGUUGGGCUGGUCCUAGGUGGCGGCGGUGCCCGUGGCCUCGCCCACGUCGGAAUCAUUCGUGCUCUCGAAGAAGCAGGCUACCCCAUCGACAUCAUCGGAGGCACAUCCAUCGGCGCCUUCAUCGGCGCCGUCUACGCCCAAGACGCAGACGUGGUGCCCAUGUACGGGCGCGUGAAGAAGUUCGCCGGCCGCAUGGGCAGCAUGUGGCGCUUCGCCCUCGAUCUCACCUACCCCUCUGCCUCCUACACCACCGGCCACGAGUUCAACCGCGGCAUCUUCAAAACCUUCGGCAACAGCCAGAUCGAAGACUUCUGGCUCGACUUCUACUGCAACUCGACCAACAUCACCAAGUCGCGCUCCGAAAUCCACACCUCGGGCUACGUCUGGCGCUACGUGCGCGCCUCCAUGUCCCUCGCCGGCCUCCUGCCGCCCAUGUGCGAGCAGGGCAACAUGCUCCUCGACGGCGGCUACGUCGACAACCUAACAGUGUCCCACAUGAAAUCCCUCGGCGCAGACGUCAUCUUCGCCGUCGACGUCGGCGCCCCGGACGACGACCGCCCGCAAGCUUACGGCGACUCCCUGUCCGGCUUCUGGGCCAGCCUGAACCGCUGGAACCCCUUCUCCUCGCACCCGAACCCCCCCACGCUCUCCGAAAUCCAGGCGCGCCUCGCGUACGUCAGCUCCGUCGAUGCGCUCGAGCGCGCCAAAACGCUGCCCGGGUGCCGCUACAUGCGCCCCCCGAUCGACGCCUACGGCACCCUGGAUUUUGGCAAGUUUGACGAGAUUUACCAGCUCGGGUACCAGUUUGGGAAGAAGUAUUUGGCGGAUUUGCGCGAGGAGGGCGUGUUGCCUGCGCAGGAGGAGACGGAGGAGAGGCGGAAUUUGCGGCGCACUAUGGCGCCGAGGCGGGCGAGUAUCUAGAUGGGAGAAGUAGGGAGGAGGAAAAUGGGGUGGAUGGAAAGAUUCAACAUCGUUGUUUGCAUUGCGUGUGGUCUGCGAGAUACCCCGAUUUUAGUGUACUGCAGUCCGAAUCUAUUGAUGUGCAUCGAAUCGUG